AUCAGAGAACUUACCUUCCUCAGCGUGGGUGUUUGGAGCAGUUCUUGGCGGCGUUCUAAAGCUGGAGGCAUGUGGCGGCGGUGACUCUCGGCUUCGAUUGGCGGCGCACGGUGACGGGCUCCAUCAUCCUCGAUUGGAUUCAGGUGCGGGGCGUUCUGGUUGUGCGUUUGUGUGCUGAAUCGCGCUAUUCUGUCGAUAUGAUCUCGGAAACAGGGUGGGUCUGGUGAGAUCUCGUCAUUUGCCGUGCAACACCGGCGACGACAAUUGAUUUCCUAUAAUUCCUAUGCUAACCCGAGUUGAUUUGCGGGCGGUUCACCACGGCGCCACCAAAGCCUUCCGUCCAGUCCCAAUUCAUCCUGGAAGCCAUGGGGAGAGGGCCACCAAGGAGGAUGCGCAUUGGGAAGCUAUAGAGGAGAUGGUCGCCAAGGACGAUGUGCGUUGGGACAGCAUGCUAGAGAGCCUUGAUUGUCCUGGUCGACGGCAUGGAUUGGGUGCAACAACGGAUGCAGAUUCAAGCCACCGGGCAGGCAGUGGCCAAGCUGACAAUGGAGAGGAUGCAAGACGAUUAUUCGGAUGCGGGCUCGUUGUUUCGACAUCUCAUCGUGAUGCUACACAUCGUCCUCCACUCCGACCACAUCCACAUCGCUCUGGUGAGAUUCCUCCACACUGCUCCCGGAGGGGGGGGGGGGGGGGUGUAUUAGGCAAAAUUAUGAAGAAGGAACUCUAGCUGGGGGUAAACAAGACAUCAAACACCUUCCAGCUCCUUCGCAGUUCAAUAAAGAAAGGCAGAAGAGGGAUUAUUGCAAAGCAAACAAUCUAUGCUACUAUUGUAUGGAAUCUUAUGCUACUCAUUCAUCCAAAUGUUCCAAGCAUCCCAGAGCUCAGGUGAAUGCACUGGUGGUGAGUGAUCUGGAUGUUGCUCUUACAGAUGAAGUGUUAGAGCAGUUGGCAAUUGAGGUUUCUUUGGCUGCUGAGUUCUGCUCACUAUCCAUUAAUGCAAUCUCUGGUACCGAUGAAGGAGAUGCACUGAAGCUCAAGGCAAUGGUGAAAAACAAGAUUAUGCUGUUGUUGGUGGAUAGUGGAAGCUCCCAUAGCUUUGCCAGUUCAGCUUUUCUCCAGAAAUAUGGCAUUACACCUACAACCAUGAAGUCGAAACUGGUGAAAGUAGCUAAUGGAGACACACUGAUUACUGACAAAGAAGUCUUGCAGAUGGAGUGGUGGAUUCAGGGCUAUACCUUCAGGACUGAUAUGAAAGUAAAUGGGCACCGAUGUUAGGAUCGAUCUCACAAGUGUGAGUCUACCUACUUUUACAAGAAGCUUGCUUUUCCAAGCCAGGAACUUGGCUGCAAUUUUGUCAAUAAGUGGCUGCACUUCAAUUCUAGUCCAUCGUCUUGUGCUUAGUAGAAGCUCCAAAUAUUUGCAUGGAAAACUUUUCAAUUGACAUGGCAUGCUUUGCAAGACAUCCUCAAAAUCUAUCCCUUCACAACGAAUUGGAUAUGCAACACUCUUAGCAAGGUUUAUAUUGAGUCCUGACACUCUUCCAAAGAUAUCAAAUAUCUCCCUACUUGUACCUCUUCUUUCACCGGAUUGAUAAACACUGCCGCAUCAUCGGCAUACAAACUGAUUCGAAUUUUGGCUGUUCUGUUGUUGAUUGGAGAUAAGGCUUGAUCUUCCUCGGCCAUGGCUAAGAGUCUUUGCAGCAGUUCAAGUGUCAAAAUGAACAGCAUGAGUGACAAAGGGUCACCUUGUCGAAGCCCUGUCCUAUGUCUGAACUUUGUCGUCUGCGAUCCAUUUACCAAAACCGACGAUGAUGCAAAGGACAGAAGUAUAGCAAUCCAUUCUCUCCAUCUUACCCUAAACCCCAUUUGCUCUAGAACUUCCAUCAGAUAGUUGCAUCUAACCUUGUCGAAAGCAUGUGCAAUAUCUAUCUUUAGGAAAAGAGCCGGCCUCUUUGCUCGGUAUAAAUCUCUGAUCAAGUUUUGGGUAUAACGGAAAUAGUCAUGUAUACUCGUUUUGUUUUUUUACGAAGGCGCUCUGGUUUCUCGAUAUCAACAUGUUCAGAUUAUUUGACAACCGGUUGGCCAGUAAUUUUGAGAUUAUCUUCGCAAUGAUAAUUAGUGAACCUUUUUGCUUCAGGUGUUCUAGGUAUAAGCACAAUAUGGGCUGAGUUGAGAAUAUUGAAAUGUUGUCCAUGCAUGUUAUAGAAGUAUGCACUGCCGCGUUAGAUCUUCCUUAAUAAUUUCCAGCAUGAUUUAAAGAAUUUUCCUAUGUACCCAUCUGUCCCUGGUGCUUCCUCUGGCUUAAGCUCCAUUACCACCUCUUUUAUCUCAUCUUCAGUGAAGUCUUCUUCUAAGAUCAAAUCUUGGCAGGUUGAUUGCUUCCCAAUUCAGUGUUUGACUCCUUAAUGUUGUUGUUCCCAGUAUAGAAUGAAAAUUAUCAAGGAUUGCUGCUUCUUUUUCCUCCUGCAGAUGCACUAUCCUCUUAGUGUUUCCAGGCUCUGGAUAAAAUUCUUCCUCCUCCUGUUGGCACUAAGGAAAAAAAUAUUUAGAGUUUGCAUCUCCUGCCUUCAGGUAUGUUUUUCUGCAAACAACAACAAAUACAACCAACUUGAUCAUAAUUCAUAGGUCAUACAGUCCUGAACUAUCCUCGUCCUGCAAGGAUAGAAACUGAUGGAACGGACGCCAGCCUGAACUAGAAGUUGAUGGUCUACGCUUCCAAUAAAGUUUUGAGCAGAAAAAACUAACGAAUUUGCACCGGCUCUUCAGAAAACUUCAGUAGUAACCCAAACUAUGCAUGUUCUUUGCUGGCAUCUCCAAAGCAUUUGCUAUCCCAUUUCUCUUGUUUGCGCCCAUAUCCAUGUCCUAAUACCAAAGUGGCCACCUGAAUUCUUGUAUUCGAUUCAUAAAAAAAAAAAGAAAUCAUGACGGUGCCUCUGAAGUCUGAAAUCGUGUUCUGCGUUAUGCUGGAAAUUGUAACCACGUACUUGCACAGCCUAUGUAAUCUCCAAAACUAUUGAUCAGGUCAUCAGUUACACGAAUCGACUGUUCCCAUUUCAUAUCGUCAUGGUUGGUGCGCCAGACAGCAAUGGGAAAUUGGAAACGCAUGAAUAAUUGCCAAUUUCUUCAUUUCACUGAAGAACAAGAGGAGAAUCAAAACGGGAACCUCACUGGGCUGCGCGUGGGGGUCCUCACGAUCUCCCUUCACCGGAUCCCAUCCAAAUGGCCUCCCGCGACAUCAUGUACGAGCGGGCUCCCUUGCCGCUGCUCCUUGCUGACCACAACCGCCGCCUUCGUCGCCGAUCUCACUGGCGGCGGGAAGAGAAGAUUGAUGACGAUUUUGUUGGUGCCGUCUGCCGAGGGAAUGGAGUAGAGGACCUCGCCCAUGUCGUGUCUGGUGGAGUAGGAUACCGCUGCCGCCACCGACGUAGCCUCCCCGCGACCGGAAUCAGCGCUCACGGAUUGAGCUGCCGUGGCGAAGCCGAGGAAGUAUUACACAGUUUACAAAAUGCCCCCUCCGUGGUUAAUAAUCGUGAUCCAAAUAUUCACACAGCCCCUAAAAUGGAUCGCGACUAUUGAUCGCGAUCCUAUUAUUUACAAAUCGACCCUUACGAUAUACAUAAACACCCCUAAAUUGGAUCGCGAUCCACCUUUAUGCAGAAAACACCCCAUCAAUCCUCCGGUAACUCUGUCCGUCCCGUCCGGCGCCGGCGCCGGCGAGCGGCUGCAGCCUUGCCGCGGAGAACGGAUUACUGCUCCUUCCCCUCCAAUCCUCCGCUGUCCGCUCCCCAUUCCUCUCCGGAUUCCCCCUGCCGCCACCGCGUUCGUGCUGCGCCUCCCAUGUGCCAUCGCCGCCGCUUCUCGCCUUCCACCCAGCUCUCCCCUCUUCUCGUGUCGAAGGCGGCGCGCCGCGCGGUCGGAGGCGGCGCCGCGUCAGCCUGAACUCCCAGGCAUUGGACUAAUCGCUCGCUCGCUCGCGUUCGACUGUUCGAGUAUCCGCGACGCGAGGCGCAGAACGGCAGAAGAGCCCGCCUGAAGAGGCGCAGAACGGCAGGAUGUUGCAUUGCUGCACCUGACAUCAACGGAAUUAUGGAAAUGUAUUUUUCAUCGAGUUGAAACGAUUGGUAGAAAUGAAACGAGCCAAGGAGCAAGCCUAGUUCGAUCGGCCGGCUGUCCAUUCUUCCGUCCGGGAGCACCACAACACGAUGGACCGGUUACUAUCUGUAGGCCCAUCUCAUGAGUCCAUGAUGCUCACAUUGCUACUGCUAACACUGUCAAACCGCUAUAAAAAGGGGACCCAGCUAAUCACACUUCAUCAACCAUAGCUACUCAAAGCAACCACAUCCUUACUCUAGCUAACCAGGCACGCUCCAACUAACCAUGGCAGGCCGAGCUCUCGCUCCCUUCCAGCUCACUGCCACCCUCUUGUUGGCGCUCCUCGCCACAAGCCACGCCGGUGGCAUCGCCAUAUACUGGGGCCAGAACCAGGGAGAGGCGACCCUGUCGGCGACGUGCGCGUCCCGCAGGUACCAGUUCGUCAUCCUCGCCUUCGUCUUCCAGUUCGGCCAGGACCGGGCGCCACGGCUGGACCUGGCCGACCACUGCGACGCCUCGUCGGGCGGCUGCGCCGUCCUGAGCAGCGACAUCCGCUCCUGCCAGCGUCGUGGCGUGAAGGUCCUGCUCUCGAUCGGCGGCGGCGUCGGCAGCUACGGCCUGUCCUCGCCCGCGGACGCGCGCAUCGUGGCCGCGUACCUCUGGAACAGCUACCUCGGCGGCACGUCGUCGUCGCGCCCCCUCGGCGACGCCGUCCUCGACGGCAUCGACUUCGACAUCGAGCUCGGCAGCGCCAAGUUCUGGGACAACUUGGCCAAGGACCUCAAGGGCAUGGGCAAGAACACCGGAACGUCGGUGCUUCUGAGCGCCGCGCCGCAGUGCCCGUUCCCGGACGAGUGGGACGGCGGCGCGAUCAGCACGGGGCUAUUUGACUUCGUGUGGGUGCAGUUCUACAACAACCCGGAGUGCCAGUUCAGCUCGGGGCGCAGCGCGUUCCUGGACGCGUGGAAGCAAUGGGAGUCGGUGCCAGCGGGGAAGAUCUUCCUGGGCCUGCCGGCCUCCAAGGACGCGGCGGGCACCGGGUUCGUGCCCGCGGGCCAGCUCACGUCGCAGGUGCUGCCUCUCAUCAGAGGCUCCUCCAAAUACGGCGGCGUCAUGCUCUGGUCCAAGUUCUACGACGAUCGCACGGGCUACAGCUCUGCCAUUAGGAGCCACGUCUGAUAGACUGAGACUGGACGUGCUCUAGGAAAUCGGCAAGCGUGCGUGUGUUGCAUGCGUCUAUUUGUACGUGCGUGUGCACGGUGCUAGUUGUGGUAGAUCAUUUUAUCUUUCGAGUAUGUUCGUGUUCGAUCCUGUCUCUACGUGACCGUAGUUCGGAGACUGUGUUCUGCUUUGCUAGCUAUUUUUUCAGUUAUCGCCAUCUAGGGCCUUCAAAUAAAGUAGAGGACCCUUUGUCAUAAA